AUAAAUUGUUUUUAAAACAACGAUAUUAUUUUAAUUUUCCCUACUCACCCACCCUCUGCUGCAACCUCACGCCGCCACGCCGACGCCUAUCGAAUGCAUUUUUCCUUCUCUGUUGCUUCUUUUUGUUUCUUCGAUUCAACUGAGGGUUAAGUUUUUGAAUCAGCCUGUCGAUUUUAAUACGAAAUCCGACUUAUUUUGGACGCAGAUUUUGAUUCCAACCUUGCGGAGGCACUAAAGCGCACCUCCGUUUCUCUCGAAAGUAUCCUACGAAAACCGCACCUUUCAAUCGAUUGAAAGCCGUCGCCAGUCUCUGUUUCAGCUUCCAGCUGAUAUUUUGCGGGUACCCAACAAAACCCAAGUUUCUUUUCUCUGCCAUUUGCGUUUCAGAGGAAUUAUUAUGUCGCUUUUCAAACUUUCAAGAAGUGGAGUCCGGAUGAUAAAAGAGCUCUUCAGAGGGCAAUCUUUACUGGUGACUAAAGCAAGUCACAUUCGAGGGCCUUUUUUCAAAUACUUGCAAACUCUGCCACAGGCCCAAGUUCAGGUGCUUCAAAGUUUCAAAUGGCAGGAACAACGUCUGUAUUCUACCUCAGGUCCUCAGGAUGGCUGUAAUGAAGAGAAUGAACCAAAAGAAACGAUAUCUGUCACAUUUGUCCUUAAGGAUGGAGAAGAGCAACAAAUUAGAGUUCCCGUUGGAAUGUCCAUGUUAGAAGCUGCUCAUCUAAACGAUAUAGAACUUGAAGGAGCGUGCGAAGGUUCAUUAGCUUGUUCAACUUGUCAUGUUAUUGUGAUGGAUAUGGAAUACUACAACAAACUAGAAGAGCCAGUUGACGAGGAGAAUGACAUGUUGGAUCUGGCAUUCGGGCUUACAGAAACGUCUCGUUUGGGAUGUCAAGUUAUUGCAAAGCCUGAACUUGAUGGAAUUCGUUUAGCCAUUCCUGCAGCCACCAGAAAUUUUGCUGUUGACGGCUUUACUCCAAAGCCACACUAAGCAUUUUGGAACAAUGAGAGGAGGACCAAACAAGGUUUAACCCACUAGUUUUGCCUCAUGAUUCAAUUUAUCUCUGCUUUCAUGGUUCAAAGUAUGUUAGAAACUGUUUUGAGAAUUGGUUAAACUUAUCUUCUAUUCUUUUGAAAAUGUUGCUGAUAUAUCAUGAUCAAAUUCCAUAAAAGAAAGAAAUAUUAAAUUUUUUUGACUAA